GAUUAACAGAAGAAGGCCACGAAAGAAUAAAUUUUUUUAAGGGUCCUUCCUUGGUCGGUUAAAGAGAAAUGUUGUGUAGAAUGGUGGUGGUUAACAGCCGGAAGAAGAAACCCGGUUCGGUUCCGGUUUACCUGAAUGUAUACGAUCUCACUCCCAUCAAUGGCUACGCUUACUGGCUAGGACUUGGAGUCUACCACUCUGGCGUUGAAGUUCAUGGGGUUGAAUACGGUUUCGGAGCUCACGAGCAUUCAACAACGGGAAUCUUCGAGGUGGAACCGAAGCAAUGUCCAGGCUUCACUUUCAGGAAGUCUAUUUUGAUUGGAAGAACAGAGUUGGAUCCUCAACAAGUCUGUGCCUUUAUGGAGAAGCUUGCUGAAGGGUACUGCGGAAACACGUACCAUCUCAUUACCAAGAACUGUAAUCACUUCUGCAAUGAUGUUUGUGUUCGGCUGACAAGAAGAUCUAUCCCUAGUUGGGUUAACCGUCUUGCUCGCUUCGGUUUGUUCUGCAACUGUGUUCUGCCGGCAGAGCUGAACGAGGCAAAGGUGAGGCAGGUGAGAUCAAAAGAGGAGAAGAUCCCGGAAGUGAAGAAACUUAGGAGCAGGUCAAGUAGGUUUCCACCUAGCUCUUCACUUUCUUCACCAGGUUCUUUAAACCGAAACCGAAGAGGUGAAAGGAGAAGACAGUGUCUUCCUCCAACACCACCUGUGAGUGCUUAGCUCUAGUCCUUAUAAUGAUCCCAAGAAGUUAUGUUUAUGUGAACAAAUAUAUUUCUUGAUGAUAAUGGUAUAAGAUCUUCACAUUACUUCA